AGCAGUACCAAGCGCAGCAUCAGUCUCGCCACUCCUUUCUCCUCCAAACUUACGGGAUCAACCUUAGCCUAUCUUGACGGACAGCCUAACUCAGUCUUAUACCUUCUGCAGAACGAUCUUACUGCUCGUCCACCAUGUCUUUGGCACUCAUUGUCUUGUUAAUGCUUCUUGGCUCUUCAAUGGUUAUUGCCUUUGUCCUGCAUCCGUCAAGGGAAGAGCCUGCAGCCUCUCCUGCAUCUACUGUUUCCCACCACAGGUGUCAGGAUGAGUCAUUGCAGUCCUUCAGGAAGAGUCUCCUUGAAGCUCUCAGCCUGCAGACGGAGCCACGCCUGCCAGCUGGCGGGCUGGACACUAUUCGAGAGCAGUGGCAGAGAACCUUCAAUGCCGCCAUGGGUGUCACGGACACUACAGCUCCAGUGCUCUCCAGCUCCUCUGUGUCAUGCGACAGUGAAAAUGAUACCAGCCUGAAGUGCUGCUCCAUGGCCACCGAGGUCUUCAUGAAAGAUCUGGGCUGGGACAAUUGGGUGAUCUAUCCUCUGAGCCUGAUCAUUGACCGGUGUGCUCUCUGCAAUUCCUCGGAUCAAAUAGCGCAGUGUCCGGCAGCCCAUGAUGGAGUCCAGAUCAGAGGCUCACAGGACCAGGCGAGCUGCUGCAAGCCCACCUCCCUUGAAAUAGUACCCAUCGUCUUCAUGGAUGAAACCAGCACCAUUGUCAUCUCCUCGGUGCAGCUAGCUCGCGGCUGCGGCUGUGGACCAGGCAGCGCCCAGCAGCCCUGCAAAAAGUAGGCAGGGGUUGGUCAAAAUUCUGUGAAGCUGAGCCAACUGGCAUGUCCAAAGUGUCGCCUAUCUACUCUAACAAACACCUGUGAGGCUGAUUGUUUCUCUUGUCUUAGACUGUUAGUCUUUUUGUUUAAACCUGAUUGUGGGAACCAAAGCAAAGUCUCAGCUUUGCAUUCCUGCUGCACCGCUGUGGGAGCAACCAACCUAUUGAGUCAUAGAACCUCAAUGCCCCCAUUUAAAAUAGACACAAAUGUUCUCAUCUGCUUGACAUAGAGUCCACUUAGUCUAAGUAGGUGUUUCAAAUCAAUCAAAGAAAAACAGAUGACCGUUCCGUAAGAGAUGCUUCCAGUCUCUGGAGUACAGAUUGCUAUUUAUAGAGUCUAACUGUUACUGAGUGUUCCCUCCAAAAAUGUGUAAUCUUUCCUGCGCCAAACACUCCCACAGGCCAGUAGUCGUUCUCUGAUUUGUGAGACUGUUAUGUCCUCUUUUGAACACGGAAAAAAAUAAAAAAGGCUCUUUUUUUCUUAGACGGGAGACUCAGGUUGGUCAAAUGAGGUUACCAAUUUUACACAGAUUUGCUGUCACAUGAAUUUUAAAACCUUAAAUGAAACACUGUGUUUUUUAGAAUUGCCCCACAAGUUUCCAAUUCAGUCAGAAAACAAAUAAAACAUUGAGAGAUUUUUUUUAAAGCAGCCCUUGGGCCUCUGUGGAACAAUCUGGAAGUGGUCAGAUUUCAUUCUAUUCAAAAGCAUUUGGCAAACAUUUUCUGUCCUAGCCGUAUUUAAACUAUUUGAAACCCUAGAACAUUGACAGCUGAAAUUAUUAAAAAAGAAAAUCUGCAUAAUUUUAUUUCCUUUUUGAUUAGAGUCAAUCUUUGGGAGAUUUCUAAACCUUUUCCAAGUAACCUUCAGAUGAUGGCAAUAAAACAAACGGUGAACAAACUGCAUAUGAAACCACAAUAACAUAUAUGCAGUGGCUCUCCCUGUUACAUCACUGGCAGGGCCCCACCUCCAGACCCAAACAGGCCGAAAAGAUGCAGAGAGACAGGGAGGGGAAACCCAAAUAAGUGUUUUUUUUUUAAUUAAUAUAAACACUGACUUUCUUUGUUUUUUCAUGUAUUUUGCUUUUCACAGUGCUGGAUUUUAACAAUUUAAUUCUCAGCUUUUCUAUUUUGAUUUUCAUGUAAAAAAUACAAACUAUUUUGAUUGAUAGAUUUUUUUGUAAUGAUUCCUUCAGUAGUAGAUGUUCUCACUUGUAAAAUAUUAACUUCUUGAACACAUUUUUUAUAACAUUUUGUAUUCCUACUUAAAAAGUUAACCUCACAUUUCAAAUUUUGUAUUGUGCCUUCACAUCUGUAUUACCUCUUUAUUCAAUUUACAACUUUGUAUAAAUAUAGUCCAUGUCAAUGCUUUGCUUUAGACCAUAGGCUUUGCUAGAUUAAUUAUGUGUAAUAAUACGGUGAUUGAUACAAUUUAUGUUGUCUUUGCUCUCAAUUAUUUGAAUAAAGGUGAUUGAAAA